AUGAGUUCUCAAGGCCCCUCAGUCAAGGAGAUUCUCCUCGACGCUGUUGAGCAAGCAACCGGACCCAACAACCUCGAGACAAUUGAGCCGACCGAUGUCUCCGAUGUUCACGGGGACGUCAAAGGCCCUGCCAUCACUGAGGCCCCGGUGUGCAUCACUCAACUUCCCAUCCCUCCAGCCUUCCAAGAAGCCAUGGACCGACAAGAUGGCUUGUACGAUAUUGUCGUCGGGAUGCAUGACCACAUUCCUCGCUGGGUCCCCGGCUCAGUUGUCAAGUGGGCUGCCUGGCGACAGGGAUUCGCCAGCCAAGAAGACGCAGACUAUGCUGCCCAGCAGCUCGCCAUCGCUGCACAGGCAUGGAAUGACGCUCAAGUGGGCGUGACCUUCGAAUGGGUUCCGCUGGCUAAGGACGCCAGCUUUGUCUUGACCCAUGGCGGUGCUAGCGGGAACACUCUUGCUCGAGCUUUCUUCCCCGGUGGUGAGGAUCUCAACUAUGUCUUUGUAUUCUCCUACGCAUUCAACAAGACCUGGAAGCCACACAUGUGGAAUGUCUUUGCCCACGAGCUUGGGCACGUUCUGGGAUUGAGACACGAAUUUGCGAUCGGGGAUGAACAAGGCAAGAUGACUGCUUCCAAAGAGGGACCAAGCGCUGUCCGUAUCGAUGCUCCGGAUCCCAUGUCGGUCAUGAACUACCGCAAUGAACCCCCAAUGAUCCAGCAGUCCGAUAUCGACUCGACACGCAAGUUUUACGGCAUGACUGAGGAUGAGAAUGGUGAAAGCCCCAAGAUUGGCAUGACUAAGAUUCUCGACUACACCCCAAGGUGA